CCAGCUCCUGUCAAAAAUAGCAUUUGGUCAAGUCCUUAUAUAAAAUAUGGUCUCCCACUAGGUUUGCUAGCUACAGCAGGAGCAGUAAUGAUGUUGAAAAGAAAUAAAGCAAAUGUUGUAAAUAAUACUGAAGUAGCUGAAGUUAAACAAACUCCGACACCUUCGCCAAAACCAACACCUUCACAAGCAAAACCUUCAAUGACUCCUGAACCUAUGGAAUUACAAACUCCUGUUCAAAAGUCAACUCCAAAACCGACUCCAACAUUUAAACCAGAACCUACACCACAAAUAAAUCGUAAAACCCCUGUGUUUCCUUACUGA